AAUUAGAAGCCUUAUUACGAGCGAUUCAUGAUGCUCCUUUUGGUGGACAUCUCGGAAGUUCCACCAUGGAAGAAAAAAAAAGGAAAACCAAGAAAAAAUCAACCAUUACACCCGGUAGCUUUAUUCGAACAAUUUGGAUCGGACCAUUGCCAAUGACAGUUAACGAAAAUAGAUAUAUUCUUACAGCUAUGGAUUAUCUCAGUAAAUGGCCUAUUGCGAAAGCGGUACCGAAUAUUACAACAAUAACAACCGUCGGGUUUUUAUAUAACGAUCUUAUUAGUGUGUAUGGAUGCUAUAAACGAUUAAUUUCCGAUCAAGAAUCAAAUUUUAAAAGUGAAAUAGUCAAGCAACUCUGUGAGAAAUUAGGAAUCCAACACUCAAUAAUUUCAGCCUAUCACCCUCAAGCAAAUGGAUUGGUAGAAAGAUUUAACAAAACUCUUUCAGAAGUGCUCGGAAAUUUUACAGACGAGUUUACAGCCGACUGGGAUCGAUAUAUUCCUGACGUAUUAUUUGCUUAUAGAACAACCACUAAAUUUUCUCCAUUUCAAAUG